UCGAGCUCCGGACACGAUGACCAACAUCCGAGUCUACAUGAAGAAGAAGAGAGCGCAAGAACGUAAACAAAAGGAGUGAAACAGCUGUUUGAGAUUCUCAAAAUCUGUUGUUUUAUCUCACUAUUCUGAAGAAGCAAACAGGAGGAAUUACUGCAGGAGAAACCACUGACAUACUAUAGUAAAGAUGGAGAUUAAGGAAGAACCCUGCAGAAUAAAGGAGGAAGAGACAGAGGAGGCAAUAGAUGAAGAUGGAAAUGCAGUCGGCUCACAGACUGAACAAACCUUCAGACAAACUGAAAAGACUGAAGUCGAAGAAUCGUUCAGCUGCUCUGAGUGUGGGAAGACUUACUCAGAUGAAUACACGUUCAGCGAUCAUCAGCUCUCUCACUCUGAAAUAAAGACGUUCAGCUGUGAUCAGUGCGGUAAAACAUUUGUGUUGGAAAAACACUUGAGACAGCAUCUUCAAGAUCAUGCUCCUGUGAAGCCUCACGUGUGUUUCUGCGGGAAAAGUUACACAACGAUAUACAAGUUAAGAGAGCAUCAGGUUAUUCAUACUGAACCUCAUGUGUGCUCCGACUGUGGGAACACCUUCAGUUCACUAACCAACUUAAAAAGACACCAGAAUAUCCACACUGGAGAGAAACCCUAUCAGUGUUCACACUGUGAGAGGAGUUUCACACAACCAGGAGGCCUGAAAGCUCACGAGAAAGUUCACACUGGAGAGAAACCCUACGUGUGUUCAGACUGCGGGAAGAGUUUUGGUACGACUAGUAACUUAAACACACACAUGAGGAUUCACACCGGAGAGAAACCGUACACCUGCACUCAAUGUGGAAAGAGUUACUCCGAUAAAGGAAAUCUGAACGUGCACAUGAAGAUCCACACAGGAGAAAAAGCGUUCUCAUGCAGUGAAUGUGGAAAGAGUUUCGCACACAAAAACACUCUCAAAGAUCAUCAGCUCUCUCACUCUGGAGUAAAGCUCUUCAGCUGUGAUCAGUGCGAUAAAGCAUUUAUAAAUGCAGCAUAUUUAAAGCGACACCUUCCUGUUCACGCUGAUGUGAAGCCUCACUUGUGUUUCUGUGGGAAAAGCUAUGGAACAAUGGCUAAGUUAAAAAGACACCAGCGGGUUCACUCGGGAGAGAGACCGUACACAUGUUCAUACUGUGCAAAGAGUUUCCCUUAUUCAGAAUCACUGAAAGCUCACGAGAGAACUCACACUUGAGAAUAGCCAUAUUAGUGCUCAUCAUGUGAGAAGUUUUACUAUUACAAAAUCUUUGGAAGUCCAUCAGAAAGUUCACACUGGAGGAAAGCAGCAGCAAUGCUUUUAAUGCAGCAGGAGUUUUGCUCAAAUAUCUAAUCUAUGAACUCAUAAAAUUAGCUUAAAGUUACCUGAAUAAGACCUGCUUCAGAAUCAGAUCCAUCACUCGCAUGUAAACUGUGUAAUUUUCAGAUAUACUGUAAAAGCUGGAUUAUCUCCAUCAGACUGAGCUCAUCUAAGAAUUAAUUGUGUAUUUGAGCAUUUCUGAAUUCAAUUCAAUUCAAUUCAAUUCAGCUUUAUUUGUACAGCACUUUUACAAUGUAGAUUGUGUCAAAGCAGCUUCACAUAAAUGGUCAUAGUAACUGGAAC